AUGUCACGAACAGAUAAUUGGGUUAAAUUGUAUCGAUGGUGGCAAGAACGUUUGAAACCUCAUUUGCAUUCAUCUUCAUCGAGCCUAACUGAACAUGAUCAUCAAAAACGAAGUUCUUUAUUACAUCGUCGUUCGUCACUAAUAUCAUUUCGUUCUUCAAAUAAGUCUGUUGUAACAAAUACUAAAAAGCGCGCUUCAUUUGGCGGUGUUGAAAACGACCAACUGAUGGCUAAUACUAUUAGUAGUGGUGGCUUUCGAUACGUGCGUGACAGCAUUCGUAACAAAAAUUCUCGAACGACACGACCCACAAUGACUGCUGCGAAUCAUAAGAGGUCAGUAUACUGA